UAAUUUAUCCCACAGCCUCCUAUGAAAACUAAGGGUGAUUGUGCCUGUUCAGUGGUGGCCCCGAGACUGUGGAAUAAUCUACCCCUGAUUAUUAGAUCAUACCCCACCAUCAACACUUUUAAGCACUGGUCACUACUGGACAAGCAGGGACAACGUGCUGCCGCCGUCCAGCCCGCUGUCCCAACGACCUGAGGGGCUCCUGUGAUGGUGAUGAUGAUGAUCUGUGUCCACAGUGUCGAUCACCCAGCAGCUGUGGUGAGUUCAACAACAACAGCUGUGUGGCUGACAUCAUUUGCAUCUGCAGGGAGUGUGAGCUGACAGCAGAGGGCGACUCACAUGUUUCACGGGGAAAGAUGAGGUUGAACCACAGAGAAGGAACAAGUACAGUGAGAAAUGGCUGCUGAUGCUCCGUGUGCUAUUUUCCCUCCUGGUAUUUGCUUUCCUCAUGGGAGCCGCUGGGAAGGAAGACAGUGAUGUACAAGACUAUGAUGCCGAUGUCUUACUCCCGUCCGGAGCUCUGUGGUUGUUGGGAUCUCUGCUGCUCUGGACUGUUUGGUUGCUCCUGCACCUCCUCCAGAUGUCAAUCUGGUUGAUCAAAGGCCUGCUGUGGUCCAUCUCCAUUUCUUUGCCCCUGCUGUGUCACUGUGUGUCGUUCCUUCUGUCCUGUGUUCUGCUGCUGCUGCAUUACAUGUGUGAUGCUGUGUUUUUUGCGACCACCAGUCCUGUGUUUGCUUAUGGCAUGCUUCUCAGUGUUGGCAUUUUAUUGCUUACUCUCCCUAGGUAAAAAGGUAAAUAUAAAUUAUAUUAUAUAGGGAAUAAAUAGGUAAUUUCACAUGUAAAAUCACCAUCAGCAGGCGUAAAAGCAAGACUAUAUGUCAUUUUUGAAAAAAAGAAAUAACACUAUAGUCCUCUUGCAAAAUAAUGUUAAAUUUACAAGCAACAAAACUCACCCUUGCUUAGUUCAGACCUUGCUCUGGUAUGACCAGUAGCCUAUGGUGGCUAAUGUUAGCAAACAUUAGAUUAAUAUUGCGGAGUCAGUUCGCAGACUUUAUGGCUCUUCUCUGCCUUUGCUAAUGUGAAGUUCUAGGAUUUAACAUAAUUGUCACUUGUGACCACGGUGGCCUCUAUCUAGCAAAAGUUACACCGUCUCACUGUAAAAUAGAGAAAUAUGAACUAAACAGGUGUUACAAUCCAGGAUCCUUUUGUAUAUAUCCUAUCUAUGAAUACUUAGUGUAUACAGUAAUCUGUAAUAACAAUGAAUGUUAAAUUAUUCAUAUUUAUUUAUAACACUUUUUAGAAAUGUAUUUACAUUUAACAAUGUCUCUACAAUCUCAUCCAAAUUACAAUAUAUACAAAUUGAACCUUUUUACAACACAACUUCUUAUCUAAUGUAAUAAAGAUGUUGUUUUGAUGCAUGUUGUAAUUUAAUGGGAUGGUAAGUUUAUUUAUGAUAGCCCACAUAAAUGGUAACAUAGAUCUAUGAUUAAAAAACAAACAAAACUUCUUUGAUAUUGUAAUGAAUUUCAUCCAAAUUCAUGCAGCUUCUGAACUCACAACCCCGAGCCGGGCGAGUGUGUGUUAGGUUCUUGUGUAUGUUUGCGCUUAAAAUGUUUUUCAAUUUAUUUAUCUAAAUUUGAAUGUCGACCUUACAAGAAUAACUGUUUUAGUGCAUUAUGCUAUCUCUCUGUGAGAAAUCUCCCUGAAUGCAUCUUCAUAUAUAUAUCUACUCACUUAAAUGGAAAUAAUUAAUCUAGCUUGCACAUUAGAGUGUGGUUUGGCUGGGGAUCCAGGUACAAAGGUUGGUUUUUUUUUAAUUUGCGAUAUUUUAUACUAACAACUUCCUUCUUUAUAAAUCACUGCAGCGUUUCCUCAUUCUCAGUCAAAUCAGCACUUAGACUUAAGAAAAGGGGGAGAAUAGCUUAUCAGUGUAUGUUUAUAGACCAUUUAUCAUAUCAGAUACACUGAAGACUCAACGAUAAUUUUAUAUUUGUCCUUUGAGAGCUGAACCAGGAAACAACAAGGAACAUAACCUUCUCAGGACUCAACUGAAGUGUACUGUUUAUUCAGUGUUAAUGACUUUAGCGCUGGACAAACAGGCGUGAACUGAGCCGAAGCUGUACCAAACUGGGAGCCAGAAGAAGCACACAGCUUUGACCGAGAUCUGGACGAUGUCUGCGAACUUCAGAGUCGUCCACAAGAGGAGGGCGACUAUCACGGAUCUACCCCUCUACUACUCUGGACACCUGCUGAAGAAAAACACCAAAGACAAGGAUUUCAAGAAGUACUACGGAGAGCUCCGAGGAGCCACACUCUUUCUGUAUGACGAUGACACGCAGGAUACAUACACAGAGAAACUGGACCUGGAGCAGCUGAAGUCCAUGGAGCUAGAUUCUCCUUAUCAGAGGAAGGUGCCAACCAUCUUCACUCUCACCCUGCACACAGGGGAGGUGAAGCUAAAGAUGGACAAUCUCGACACAGGAGAGGAGUGGAAGGGUUACAUCCUGACUGUAAUCAAAAAAGAGAUCCCCAGUAAGCUGCAGCUGCUGCCUGGACAGAUUUUGCUUCUGAAGGAGGUUCUGCUUCAGGAGAAGAGACGAAAUUCUGCCAUGUCGCGUCCACCCCUCCCACCCCGCCCAUCCUUCCUAAUCUCAGCCUCCACCUCCCCUCCAACGUCCAAAGACAAGAUUGACCGCAGCGACCCUGAGACUCCUUCGUGUUACUUCAGUGUGACUCGGCAGGAGGCUGAGCGGAUGUUGGAGGCAAAUCCAGAGUAUGGAGGCAUCAUCCUCCGCCCAUCCACCCUGGCCAAAAACUACGCCCUGACCCUCAGACAACUGACGCCCAGUGGGCCUGUCAAGAAGAACUACAGAGUAACCUCCACAAACUCAGGGUUUGUCAUUGAACUAGAGACACCAGUGAUGGUCUCCUCCUUAAACGAUGUAAUUAAAUUCUUCAUUGAAAAGACAGAGUACCGUCUUCAUCCCUACAUGCCAUCUCAGCCCUACGACACUUGCAUCAAUGUGUUCCCCACUCCAAAGUGCAUCAACAUCACCUCAGCUGCACCUAAAACGGUACCCAAGGCACAAGUGGCACCUAUGCCGCGCUCGCAGACCAAAGAGGAGCUUCUGCCCCCUCCUACCAAGACAGAGGAGACUGAAUAUGUGGUUCCUGAUGACCACAGUCCUGGUGCCAACAACCUAAACCUAGUUCAGCUGGAUGGAGAGCUUCGGGAAAUUUUAAAACUACGCAAGGAAACCAUCUCUGCUACUGACGAGGAGGAAAUCACCACCUAUGAGAACGAAACCACUGAAAAGUCCCGCUCAAGCACAGCACAGUGGAAUAUAAACAGCUCAACAGUGUGAGGCAUGUGCUGCUAAUUCAAUGUGGACCACUUUUAAGGACCACAUUUAGUGCCGUGAAAAUCUUUCAACAAAAAUCCACUGGACAAAGUUAAUAAUGUGCGUCGGUUAAAUUAAAACGAAAGGUUCUCAAUUUCUUAAAGCAUGGGUCUCAAACCCAUGGGCCUCUGGUCAGGUUGUCCUCUCUUCAGAGGGGCUGUAACACAUCUUUUCCAGAUGAGACAGGUACAGUGGAUAUAAAAAGUCUACACCCUCCUGAUAAAAUGCCAUGUUUUUGUGAGGAGACAAAGAUAAAUAUAAAUCUGUCACCAUUUUUUCCACCUUUAAUGUGACCCAUAACGUGAACAAUUCAAUUGAAAAAACUAACUGAAAUCUUUUAGGGGGAGGGGGGAAUACAAAACUUACAAUAGCCUGUUUGCAUAAGCGUGCACACCCUUACACGAAUACAUACUUACUAAAAUUUUGAUUUUAUUACAACACACUAUUUUAGCAUGGCCCACUCGUCUUUACAAAAGCACUCCAAUUCUGUCAGAUUGUGAGGACAUCGCCUGUGCACAGCCCUCUUCAGAUCACCACACAGAUGUUCAAUUGGAUUCAGGUCUGGGCUUUGUGUCGUUAUCGUGCUGGUGAUUGGUUAAUUCUAAAUACAGCCACAUCCCCAGUUAUAAGAGGGUUUGCACAUUUAUGCAACUAAGUUAUUGUAAGUUUUGGAUUUUUUUAAUUUUUCCCCCUUAAAGAUUUCAUUUUGUUUUUCAGUUGUUCACUUUAUAGGACAUGAUUUAUCUUAGCCUCAUUUUUUUUUUACAUCACAAAAACCUGGCAUUUUAACAGGGGUGUGUAACCUUUUUAUAUCCACUGUAACGCUCCUGUUAAACUCCACAAAAACACAAAUGCCUUGUCCACCUCUCUUGGAACUGUCUGUGCUUCAGUGCACUGUUCAUGUUGACAAGUUGAAAUGUAUAGCUAAAAUGUGAAAUGACAAGACUAUGAGACAUGAGAGUCUGCAAUCAUGUCUUUGAGGCCGUACAAAGUGCUUUAUGUCAGCAGGCUAAUGCUAAUGUGCUAUAAUACGUGUUGUAGAAACAGCCAUCUUAGUUUAACAUGCUGGCAUGCUAACAAGUCUGAUGAGAAUGUCAUUAGUUUUGCAGGUAUUUGGACAAUAUAAACACGUGAACUGAUGAUGGUGCUAGAUUAAAAGUCAGGGGAUCAAAAUAACAAGUCAACCUUUGGAGAACACGAGUGUCUGUACAAAAUAUCUUAGCAAUCCAUCCAAUAGUUGUUGAGAUUUCAUCUUCAUGGUGACAUUCAUACUUCAUCUAUGAACCAAGAAUGUGUGUACAAAGUUUUGCGCCAAGCCAUAAAAGUAAAUGUUUGUGUAUUUCACUGAGCCAUUAAUUUGAGAGCCAUAUGUCAUAUGGAUGUGCAAGGUUUUCACAUUUCAACAGUAUAACAUUAUUAUCACUGAAAAUUAUGAUCUAUUACUGUCUUCAAGAAAGACUGUUUACAUUAAGCUGAAAACUGUUCAAUCGUACACAAAAGGUUAAGAGCGCUUUGAUAUCAUUAUGACCCAAUUUAAAUAGAUAAUAUGACCACAAUUAUGGCUGCAACCAACGAUUAUUUUCUCAGUUAAUCAAUUGGUAUAUGGAAUGUCAACAAGUGGUGAAAAAUGUAAAACAUCACAAUAUCCCAGAGACCAAAGUGACGCCUUCAAAUUGUCACGUCAAUCCAAAUUAAGCAAAAAAAGCAACCCAAAUCAAAAGAUUAUUAAUUUCCUGACAAAACUGCAAAUCCUCACAUUUCAGCAGAAGUUUGGCAUUUUUGCUUUAAGAACAACUGAUUAAUUAGCAAGUAGUUUCAGAUUAAUUUUCUUUUGAACGACUAAUCAUUGCAGCUCUAGUUUCAGCUACAUGUGGUAGCAAUGUUUUUUGUCUCGCAAAAGGUUGUCAUGCUUUGUUUUUGCUCCAGAAUUGUGGCUUAAAAGUAUAAAAAUGAUCAAAAGACUUGCCUGAGCCAAUUAUUGAGCAGAUCUGAAUUAUUGUCCAUUUUUGAUAUGAAAGAAUAAUCAAACUGUACAAUACAAAAUUGCAUGCUACAUGUCAAUCUUUUUAUCAUUGUUUUAAAGCGUUAAUUAAAAAAAACAACAAAAA